GAAGGGCUCUGGAGAGCCGAAACGCGAUGGAGUUGGCGGCGGGAGCGGGGCUGUUUCUGGCGCUGUGCUUCGCUGCCGAGCCCUGCCUGGGGGAUUCGGGUUGGUCUAGUUCUUCAAAUCCACCAUCUCUUAGUAUUCAAAAACAUAUGAUUACGAUAGCAGCAAAUGAUACAUUGCAGAUUACUUGCAGUGGUGAGAGGGCUUUGGAUUGGCUUUUGCCAAAUAACCAAACCGGCCUCGAAAACCGAGUCGCACUGACUGAGUGUGCCAGCGAUACCUAUUGUAAGAUGCUCACCCUGACGGAAGUAAUAAGCAACGACACCGGGUCCUACAAGUGUUUCUACCAAGACAACCACACCUCCUCAAGUGUUUAUGUUUAUGUACAAGAUUACAGAUCUCCAUUUGUGAUGUCAGCCAGUGAGCCUGGAGCUGUAUAUAUAACCGGAAACAAAACUGUAGUGGUUCCAUGUCUCGGAUCCUCAUCAAACCUGAACGUGUCACUCCAUUCGGUAAGGCCAAUGAUCGUAAUCCAUUUUGCCAGUGAUUCUGGCUCUUUUUUAUGGUACAAUAAGCAAUCAAAUAGAGUGCAUACUGUUUAUAUUGUGGCGCAAAAAUUCUGUUUUUUUAAAAAUGUUUCUGAUACCCCACAUCAUUUGUUUGUUUCACAAUUGUACGUUCGGUGGAGUGUCCUUUCUGAUUUUGUCCCCCUCCGUUUAGGAUAUAAAAUCCACGACCUUAGUAUGGGCCCUCUGCACCAAGUAGAGCUGGCAGCAGGAGAGAAGCUAUCCUUAAAUUGCACAGCAAGGACUGAGCUGAAUGUGAGAAUUGAGUUCCAGUGGGAUUUCCCUUCGAAACAGAAAAUGAAUGCUAUGUUCAAGGAAGGGAUGACAGCCUUGGGCAGUGAAAUGAAGAAGUUUGUGAGCACCCUCACUAUCGAACACGUGACUUUAAGCGAUGGGGGUCUGUACAGUUGUACAGCCACCAGCAGCCAGAUGGCAAGAAAACACAAAAUUAAUGUCAUUGUUCACGAAAAGCCUUUUCUCUUUUUGGGCAAAAUGCCACUUGUGGUGGAGACAAUUCUCAGAGAACCAGCUAAAGUGCCUGUAUUAUUCAAAGCGUAUCCCCUCCCAGAGGCAAAAUGGUAUAAAAACGGAGAAGCCAUUGUUGCAAAUCGUACGGUGAAACUUGGUUACUCUUUAAUUAUUACUGAAAUGAGUGAAAAAGAUGCUGGGAAUUACACCGUUGUGCUGACCAAUCCCAUUAACCAGCAGUGUGAGAAACACACAUUUCAUCUGGUGGUAAACGUUCCACCUCAAAUUGGGGAGAAUGCUCUUCUGACUUCUGUGGAUUCCUACAAGCAUGGCUCCACCCAAACUCUUACGUGUACAGUGUACGCAGUUCCAAUGGUGACCCGCAUUCAGUGGUCCUGGCAACUGGAAGAAGAAUGCACUUUCAAUCCACACCAAGCUGGAAUUGGGAAUAAUCCCUAUGCAUGUAAGAAAUGGAAAAACAUAGCAGACCGAAGAGGUGGAAAUCAGAUUGAGAUCUUAAAAGAUCAGUUUGUUGCUAUUGCUGGGAAAAUGAAGACGGUGAGCAGCCUCACGAUUCAAGCAGCAAAUGUGUCCACCUUGUACAGAUGCGUAGCGAAUAAUAAAGUUGGAGAAGGUGAAAGAAUCAUGUCAUUUCAUGUAACUAGAGGCCUUGAGAUCAGCCUUCAGCCUCAAGGCCAGCCUAUUAAGAAGCACAACGUAACUUUGCAAUGCACCGCAGACAAGCACACCUUUGAAAGCCUCACCUGGUUUAAAUUCAGCCCUCGAAUUUCAGAAACGCGCCUGGAUAGACUGCCUAUGCCUGUUUGCAAGAAUCUGGAGGCCCUCCAGAAACUGAAUGGCACCACCAUGAAGGCCGAUAGGGAGACGGUUACCCUGAGCCUCUUUCUCCAAAAUAUCAUCCUUCAAGAUAGUGGGGACUACGUGUGCAUCGCUCUGGACAGAAAGAGCAAAACUCGGCGCUGCCUUGUCAAACAUCUCACUGUUCACGAACCAGUGGCACCCACAAUUACAGAACACCCUCGGAAUCAGACAACGAACAUUGGCGAAACGAUAGAAGUGGUUUGCACGGCAAGUGGGAUUCCUUCCCCUCAUAUCGCUUGGUUUAAAAACAAUAAUUCUCUUAUUGAAGAUUCAGGUAUUGUCCUGAAAGAUGGGAACCAACGGCUCACCAUACGAAGAGUGAGAAAAGAAGAUGAAGGUCAUUAUAUGUGCCACGCCUGCAACGUCCUAGGUUGUACAAAGGCAGAUGCAUUUUUUGAAGUGGAAGGGACCGAGGAGAAAACAAACCUUGAGCUCAUUAUUCUUGUUGGAACAGCAGUCAUUGCCAUGUUCUUCUGGCUGCUCCUCAUAAUCAUUCUCCGGACUGUUAAACGGGCCAAUGGAGGAGAACUAAAAACGGGCUACCUGUCUAUCAUCAUGGAUCCUGAUGAAGUCCCUAUGGAUGAGCAGUGUGAACGUCUCCCUUACGAUGCCAACAAAUGGGAAUUCCCUCGGGAUAGGCUGAAGCUAGGAAAACCACUUGGGAGAGGAGCAUUUGGUCAAGUGAUCGAAGCUGAUGCAUUUGGGAUUGACAAAACAACUACUUGUAGCACUGUAGCUGUCAAAAUGCUUAAAGAGGGUGCCACACACAGUGAACAUCGAGCCUUGAUGUCUGAACUUAAAAUUCUUAUUCAUAUUGGCCAUCAUCUCAAUGUAGUUAACCUACUUGGAGCUUGCACAAAACCAGGAGGUCCACUCAUGGUGAUUGUGGAAUAUUGCAAGUUUGGAAAUUUGUCUGUCUACUUAAGAAGCAAGCGAAAUGAUUUUGUUCCAUACAAGACCAAUAAUACCAGAUCUGGGCGAGGACACAGUGAUUUCACUGCAGACCUAAAGAAACGCUUGGACAGCAUUGCAAGCAGCCAGAGCUCAACAAGCUCGGGCUUCGGCGAGGAGCGAUCCCUCAGUGAUGUGGAAGAAGGAGAAACAACGUCUGAGGAGCCUUGCAAAGCUUCUCUGAGCUUACAGGACCUCAUCUGCUACAGCUUCCAGGUGGCUCGGGGGAUGGAAUUCCUGGCAUCCCGGAAAUGUAUACACCGAGAUUUGGCUGCUCGCAAUAUCCUUUUAUCGGAGAACAAUGUGGUCAAAAUCUGUGAUUUUGGACUGGCUCGAGAUAUCUACAAAGAUCCAGAUUAUGUCAGGAAAGGAGAUGCUAGACUACCCCUUAAAUGGAUGGCCCCAGAGACCAUUUUUGAUCGUGUAUACACAAUUCAAAGUGAUGUGUGGUCUUUUGGUGUGUUGCUGUGGGAGAUAUUUUCAUUAGGGGCCUCACCAUACCCAGGUGUAAAAAUUGAUGAAGAUUUCUGUAGAAGAUUGAAAGAAGGAACGAGGAUGAGGCCACCGGAUUAUACAACACCUGAAAUGUAUCAGACAAUGUUGGACUGCUGGCAUGGUGAACCCAAACAAAGACCAACCUUCUCAGAUUUGGUGGAGAGCUUGGGGAAUUUACUGCAAGCAAAUGUUCACAAGGAUGGUAAAGACUAUGUUAUCCUCCCCCAAGUUACGUUGCUCCACACCGAAGAAGACUCUGGACUCUCCUUGCCAAUGUCACCUGUUUCCUGCAAGGAAGAAGAGGAAGUACGCGAUUCUCAGUUCUAUUAUGACACCACGUCGCAAACAAGUCAGCAUCGCACAGGAAGUAAAAGAAACAGCCGUCCUGUGAGCGUCAAGACUUUUGAAUCUGUGCCCGUAGAACCAACCAUAAAAGUAGUUCAAGAUGAAAAUCAGACAGAUAGUGGGAUGAUUCUUGCAUCCGAAGAACUAAAGGCAUUAGAAGAGAAAGCUAAAGAAGUGAUGUUGCCCUUCAGCGGGCUUAUUUCCAGUAAAAGCAACGAAUCUGUGGCGUCUGAAGCUUCCAAUCCCACCAGCGGCUAUCAAUCAGGCUAUCAUUCAGAUGACAUGGACAUUACCAUGUAUCCCAGUGAAGAGACGGAACUCUUAAUGCUCAGGGACGAUGCUUCUCAGUCUUGCUAUGUUGCCUACGGCCCGGCUAUCUCUCUGAGUUCACAGUCUGUAUAAGGACUUCUCGGAAAAUGACAACCACUGGAACUUGCACCGAACAUUGCCUUGUCCUGAAACCCACCGUAUUCAUACCCAGAAUACAGGAGGGGAGAAAAAUAUGAAUUCCCCCCGCCCUUUGUUUUUUUUUUAAUGAUAAAAAGAAGAAGAAAUUGCAAGAAAGAAUCCUGGUGAGGCCAUGCAAGGCCUUGAGAGAGCUUGAAGUUAUAUCAGGCCUUGCUGAAAGUCAUAGACAAUCGUUUCAUCCUCAUUUUGAACCACAUGGACAUUGUGAAAUCUGAUAAGGAGGCCAUCUUCCUAUGCAGUUACAUGAAGAUGGAAAUAGGCUCUGUCAAAAUCCUUUGAAUUUUGGGUUGGUCAGCAAAGAAAAGGUUUCAGGAGUGUGGUUGGUGGAGCCUAAGAAAAGGGUCUGACAGUACAGCCCCUGCUUUUACUAAAUCCUCUUUCAUGUUUAUCUCUUCCAUCGAAGGGCCCUUUCUUUCUAAAUCUAAAUCUUGCUGUUAAAAAUAAGCCACUAAAAGCUACUGAAGAGCAGGGCACCUAUUUUCAUGAAAAGCUCUGUUUUUAGUACCCAGGCCUUGAUGCAUUUCUGAUCCUUUCAAAGAAGGCUUCCUACUGAAAUGAACCUCUUCAGAGGCUUCAGAAAUGCUUAAAAAUUAGCAAAUAAUGCCAGAGUUUAGCAAAUUUUCCACCAAGGUCACCUAGAGCUCUAGCAAGUUGUGAUAUACAUUGAAAGACUUUUCUUUACAGAAAGUACCAUGAAGCUAUUUUGACUAGUGUUGUUUUCGGUUACUUUUAUAUUUUUAUAUUCGUGGGUUUUGUACUUUGUUUAAUAUUUCAAGCAUAACAAAUCCAUGGAUUAACAAACAAACAAACAAAAAUUUAAAAGGCACAAUGCAGUAUUUAUAAUCUGGAUAUGUAGAAAGAAUUGUAAUAUAUUACGAAAAUAAAUAAAUAAAUAAAUAAAUAAAUCUA